AAAUGAGUGCUGGAUUUAGUUAAAUGCAUCCAAAAAUACCAAAGUUGGAACCAAAUCCUUUAUAAAACCAAAAGUACUAUAAUAACAACAAAGGGAACUCUUUCUGAAGGCAGGGGACGGCACGAGACAGUGGCCAUUUUCAAGUUGGCACUUGUUUUGACUCCACAGUGAUGUGGGUAAAUCUGAGAUCGGCUCUCUGGUCUCUGGUUCUCAGUCUGGUUCUGCUGAGCCAGAUCAGUGAGGGAUCCAGUUUAGGAGCAGCAGUGAAUAUUGAGCCGCUUCAUCAGGCUGCAUCAGAGCAGGUGAGUGCUCAUUAUAGUGUGCUUUCCAGCUUGCCCUGUCCCACUCUGGAUCAGGUUUGUAAUGAGGGGUCCUGCAUGGCUCAGAUCUCCUCUGCUCCUCUCAGAGGACUGUUCCCUUCACCAGGCUGGUGCCUCCGUCAAUGGGAGACAAACAUCUCCAGCAGCUACACCUCCACACUGCAGCUCGGAUCUGACAGUGUGACACUGUACACACGAGCCGAUCUUUCCGUCAGAGCGGACACACAGCGCAUGAACCAGCCUCCACACGCCGCGCUCCCUCCACCAAUCAGAGUGCGUGCCGGUUGUCAUCAGGAAAUCCCUGUGUAUGUGAUGGAUUUAGAUGGAGAUGUUGUUCGCUGUCGUUAUGGGAGGAUGGAGCUCGCUCAAUUUCUACAGCUUAAUAAAGAGACAUGUACACUGCUGUAUGAAGGUGGAGCAGCUGUGGGUCAGUAUACAGUGGAGAUCAUGGUGGAGGAUUUUCCUCAGAUGGAGCUGACGCCAUUCUCCACUGUUCCUCUGCAGCUCUUAAUAAUCGUUGAAAGUGGAUCGGGUUGCCCUGCAGUGCCAGAGUUCACAGGUGUGAGUCCAGUAGGUGGCGCUGUAGUCCAUGUGCUGCCCUUUGAGGAGAUCAAAGUCAAUAUUACCGUUCACUCAACAGAACAGACAGUGUCUGAAAUCGCUGUGACUGGUCCAGAAGGUCUCUUCAUAUCACCCAUGGAAAUGGGUGUGAACUCUCAGAUGUCUGUCAGUCUGUCGUGGGUCAGAGGUCCCGAUCAGUCAUCUCAUCUCGUCUCCAUUUGUUUUACUGCAAACACUCAGAGUCUGCAGUCUGAGGUCCGGUGUAUGUGGCUGCAACUCACGCAGACAAACCCUUUACCCCCUGGAACAGAGUUGAGAUGUUUGGAGCAUGAGCUGCAGAUGUCUGUAGUUCUGCCCCUGUCUUUCCUGGAGAAUGUGCCUUUGCCUGACCUGCAGCUGAACGACCCCUCGUGCCCAGUGUUUCACAACAAAACACACAUCACCAGCACAUUCUCACUGAACGCCUGUGGCACCAAGAGACUCCAUUUAGGAUCAGAACUGCUGUACACUAACACUUUACGCAGCGUCAAUCCAAACUUCACCAUCAGCCGUUUGGCAUCUCUAGUUCUUCCACUAGCCUGCAGGAUUCCUGGUCACCAGGCCAAAGGUCCGAGCUUUAGGAUCUCUAUACCCUCAGAAGUGGAGAUUUUUGGUGCUGUGAGCUUCUGGAUUGAGUUUCAUCUUCCUGGAGAAGGUCCGUUGGCCGCUGAGACACGCCAGCCGCGGUUACGCUCAUCUCAACCGGUGCGUGCGGCACGAGCACUCACUCGCACUAGCAGGAUCGACUCGUUGGACCUGCAUGUGUUUUCUAACUGCUCAUUGGCUCGUGUGGAGCUCAUGGUCGGACGCUGCGUUGAGUCAGAAACACAAGACUUCCUGGAGACACAACCUCUGCUGAACCAGGGGUGUUUAACUGGCAAUGGCACUACAGAGAUCCUGACUUCAACAUCAACUGUUCGGAUUUACCGCUUAUAUCUGGACUCUCUCAAUUUAAAGGGAGACACAAUGUAUGUUGAGUGUGAGGUGCAUCUGUGUGUGACCUCCAAACAAAGCCAGCGAUGUUCAGACCCGUGUUCAGGACCAUCUGACUCGGUGAUAACAGACAGCAUCCUAACACACACUUAUAGUGUGCGCUCAGGGCCGGUGAUGCUCGUUAACCAAGUCACACAAACCAGCAAUACCACUGUUAAACCAAUACAAACAGCUAAACCUGUUGCUCAGCCUGCCACCAGCCAGAUAAUAGCCACCGCUGCCUCUCGAGCUCAGGACAGAUCUGCAUUGUGGGUUGAUGCUCUGAUGUUGGCUGUGUUCAUACUCGCAUCAUGUGCUCUUCUGCCGUGAAAAUGAUGCCAAACACAGCUGGAGGACACUUCAGCACUGACAGAUCACAAUCAUAAUAUAUUAUUUUUUUCUUCUUCUUUACCCUUCUGUUUUAGAGAAAAUCCCUAACCAUUUUGUUCCAGGAGAUACAGCACACCUUACUUUUGAUUAUAAACGUGAACACUGAUACAAGUUUGUUUUUCCACAUUCAACACAAGCUUUUAUAGUAGCAUUUUAUCUGGAAAGAUCGCCACCUAUAUGUCAGUGGGGGUACUAUUCUUUUACAGUGUAUAUAUACAGUAAACCCGUCAUUUUGAGUAAAAAAUAAAUAAAUAUGAUAUUUAAAAUACAAAUUGUAUAUGUUUGAAACAAAUACAGAACGUCUGAUGUUUAUAUCAUGAGCGAAAAAUCCCAUUGACUUCCACUGAAAAGGUCCCCACACAUACACUGGCAUCUAAAAGUUUGGAAUAAUGUAUAGAUUUUGCUGUUUCAGAAGGUAAUUGGUACUUUAAUUCACCAAAGUGGCAUUCAACUGAUCACAAAGUAUAGUCAGGACAUUACUGAUGUAAAAAAACAGCACCAUCACUAUUUGAAAAAGUGAUUUUUGAUCAAAUCUAGACAGGCCCCAUUUCCAGCAGCAACCACCCCAUCACCUUAUCCUUGAGUAAUCAUGCUAAAUUGCUAAUUUGGUACUAGAAAAUCACUUGCCAUUAUACCAAACACAGUUGAAAGCUAUUUGGUUCAUUAAAUGAAGCUUAACAUUGUCUUUGUGUUUGUUUUUGAGUUGCCACAGUAUCCAAUAGACUGGCAUGUCUUAAGGUCAAUAUUAGGUCAAAAAUGGCAAAAAAGAAACGGCUUUCCCUAGAAACUCAUCCGUCAAUCAUUGUUUUGAGGAAUGAAGGCUAUACAAUGCUUGAAAUUGCCAAAAACUGAAGAUUCCAUACAAAGGUGUACACUACAGUCUUCAAAGACAAAGGACAACUGGCUCUAACAAGGACAGAAAGAGAUGUGGAAGACCAGAUGUACAACUAAACAAGAGGAUAAGUACAUCAGAGUCUCUAGUUUGAGAAAUAGACGCCUCACAUGUCCUCAGCUGACAGCUUCAUUGAAUUCUACCCGCUCAACACCAGUUUCAUGUACAACAGUAAAGAGAAGACUCAGGGCUGCAGGCCUUAUGGGAAGAAUUGCAAAAAAAAGCCACAUUUGAAACAGAAAAACAAAAAGAAAAGAUUAGAGUGGGCAAAGAAACACAGACAUUGGACAACAGAUAAUUGGAAAAGAGUGUUCUGGAUCUUAACCCCAUUGAGCUUUUGGGGGAUCAGCUAGACUGUAAGGUGCGUGAGAAGUGCCCGACAAGACAGCCACAUCUAUGGCAAGUGCUACAGGAAGUGUGGGGUGAAAUAUCACCUGAGUAUCUGGACAAACUGACAGCUAGAAUGCCAAGGAUCUGCAAAGCUGUCAUUGCUGCAUGUGGAGGAUUUUGUGUUGACAACCGAAGUAGUUUAAGUUCUGAAUUUUAAAAAACAAUUGUAAUAGUAAUUUUUCACAUUAUUAAUGUUCUGACUAUACAUUGUGAUCAGUUGAAUGCCACUUUGGUGAAUUAAAGUACCAAUUUCUUUCCAUAAGAGCAAAAUCUGUACAUUAUUCCAAACUUUUGGCCGCCAGUGUAUCUACUGUAGAUAUCUUAAUGAUGGUCUCUUUUGACUUGGGCCAGUAAGCAACCAUUUAGUGAUUCCCUAGCAACCACCCAAAACACCCUGACAUUGCAUAAAUAUAAACAAGUAUCAUAAAAAUAUAUAAUUUUUUUUUUUUUUUACUUGUUAAUUUACUGAUAAGUCAGAUUUCCUUAAUAAGAUGAAUUUUUUUCUUAAACAGGUCAAAAAUGACCCAAACAUAACAGAAGGGGUAAGAUUAUACUGUAUUUAUUAUAAGAUUAAUUAAAUGCAUAGGUUGUAAAGAAACAGGUUGUUUCCAAUUUUCCAGUCUAUUGUAAAUCAAGACGUUGCUUAUUAAAUUAUUUGAUACCAUUAAUACUGUAUAUCAACCUCACAUCUUCCAUUGUUUUCAUUUUAACAAGCUAAACAAACUGUAAUGAUAUUGUAUUAUUUUUGUAAAUCUCCCUUCAUUAACAAGCACAAAUAAAUCACCUCGAAUGUAAAAAUGUAAAGAUUAG